UGCUCUCAGGGAUCACUCCUAGCAAGUCUUGGGGGACUGUACCCGGUGCCAGGAAUCAAACCUGGGUCGGCCACGUGUAACAACCCGUCUCCUGACAGGGCCUUCCUCUGUCCCCUCUCCAGGGUGACAUGACCUCAGGGUGCACCCCAGACCAGAGACAUCAGGAUGACAGAACCCGAAAACUUGGCCCUGCUGGAAGUGAAGGGGCACGAGGUCCCAGAGAAGAGCGCCCCUCAGGCCUUGGUCCCCAAUGGCCAACAGCUGGAAAGAGAAUGUGGGGCCGAGUCGCCCCCAGGAACUGAGUCCCCCAGCGUGGGGUUUUCUACCGGGUCCCCCACCGCCGGCGUGGGGACUGAAGACGGGCUCGACAGCACCGUAAGUGAAGCUGCCACCUUGCCCUGGGGGUCCAUCCCCCAGCCCAGCGCUCCCUUUCCAGACCCCCCCGGCUGGCGGGACAUCGAGCCUGAGCCCCUGGGCUUGGAGUCACCCACCAAGCUGGAAGAAUUGCCCGAAGACGAUGUCAACCUGCUGCCCGAGAAAGCGGCCCGGGCCUUUGUGCCCAUCGACUUGCGCUGCAUCGAGCGGCGGCCCCCGGACGAGCCCAGCGCGCGCGGCGAGGCGGGCACGGGCGAGCGCCGCCGGACCUGCCCGCCUCCCCGGAACCUGCACCCCGAGCCCCCCGGGUGCAAGUGGGCCGAGGCGGCCGUGAGGCCGCCGGCCCGCGCCUGCGGGGGCUGCGGCGUGUGCGGUGGCCGCGAGGCGCUGCGGGCCGUGGCGUCCAUGGGCGCCGCGCUGGUGCUCUUCCCCUCGCUGCUCUACGGCGCCUACGCCUUCCUGCCCUUCGACGCGCCCCGCCUGCCCACCAUGAGCUCGCGCCUCAUCUACACGCUGCGCUGCGGGGUCUUCGCCACCUUCCCCAUCGUACUGGGGCUCCUGGUCUACGGGCUGAGCCUGCUGUGCUUUUCGGCUCUCAGGCCCUUUGGAGAGCCACGGCGGGAGGUGGAGAUCCACCGGAGGUACGUGGCCCAGUCGGUCCAGCUCUUCAUCCUCUACUUUUUCAACCUGGCUGUGCUCUCCACAUACCUGCCCCAGGACGCCCUCAAGCUGCUGCCUCUGCUCACAGGUCUUUUCGCAGUCUCCCGGCUGAUUUACUGGCUGACCUUUGCAGUGGGCCGCUCUUUCCGAGGCUUUGGCUACGGCCUCACAUUCCUGCCCUUACUGUCCAUGCUUGUGUGGAAUCUCUACUACAUGUUCGUGGUGGAGCCUGAACGCAUGCUUACGGCUGAGAGCCGCCUAGAUUACCCAGACCACGCCCGAGACUACAGGCCCCGCCCUUGGGGCUGAGCCACCCUGUCCUGUGCACCCAGCCCAGGGAAUCUCGGUGGGGAUGAGUCCCACAGCUGCUACCACCGGCAGGGCUGGAACAGACUUUCGUGCAGCCAGAGAUGGAGGAGUCAGUCCCACAGGCCUCUGGGGCAGCCUGGUAGCAGCUUCCUUCCCAGUCUGCCCUGAGCACUCAGCAUUGUGGGCAGAGAUGCCUGUUUCUGGCUUUUAGCAGCAGCGGGCAGCCCCUGCUCUGGUGGUUGUUCCUGGGCAGGUGUCUGAGCAGCGGUCCUGGGGAAGAUUGGAACUAUGGACAAGGCCAAAAGAGAAGAAACUGGACAUCAAACCAAGCAGUACUUUCACCUUGGGGAGGAUCCAAAGCCUGGGCUCUGGAUCCCCCCAGCACUGGCCCCUCCUUGGGCCUUUUCUCCUCCACAAGACAUUCCAACUGCCUAGGCCAGCUCAGGAUCCUCUUCCUUCCCAAUGGAUUUAGGCGC